AUGUCAAAUUUAACGUUUAUAUGUUCUGCUAUGCACCUGUGGAUCACAUCAGGAGAACAAGGAGAAAAGGGUUCAGAUGACGUAGUAGCCAGAGUCCCUCCACAUUGUCAUAUCACCAUCAAGUGCACUCGAGAGAUUGCCGGUUUCAAUGGCCUCUCAGAGGCGGUGCGGCGAUUAGAUUUCUCAUCGGCCGUGCGCGAUGUUCGAAGGUUCAACUACAUCUGCGCGCUCUUAGAACUACUGCUCGGAGGUCAGAAGCUGACAAACCUUCCAGGAGCAGCGCAGAAGCUAUUGCUUUCUAUGCUUGAACAACUUGCUGAUCAAGGUACGUAAGGCAAUAACAACUUAGUACACAGUACAAAACUCUGUAGUUUUUGUUCUAAUCUAUAGUUGUUGUAAUUAUUAUGGAUUUUAUUGGUAAUUAAUAAAUAUAUAUAAAAACUAAAUUAUAAAUAU